UUGAAAACUGAAACUAUCCAUUCACCAUUGGGAAUGUUUUUAGUGGAUUUUGGAAAAAAGGUAUGUUUUGCCAUUGGGAAUAUGACUGAAUAACGGCUAUAAAAUCAGCAUGAAAAAGCCCUGCUUUAACUAUGCUGUAUUAAGUGUAUGCUUAAACAUCAUUUGUAUAUAGUUUAUCUAACAAACUUGAUUUGGCAUGCGGUGGUUAAUAUCCAGUUUGAAGACCACAAGCCUGUGAAAAGGUCAUGCUCAGAUUUUGUUAAUACUAUGUUAUUGUCUUUUGUAGCCAUGGAAACAGCAACUCCAGUAAAGUCAGUGAGGGCCUGUCUAACCUGUAAUCGUUCAUCUCAAGGACAUUUAAAAAAACUUAAGAAAUGUAGCUAUGCGAUCCAUACUACUGAAAAAACAGUUUGAAUGUCUGGGCUGCAAUAUUGAAGACCUUGUGAAAGUAGGACAUGAGAAUCUGUUGGUUUGUGACACAUGUUUGAAAAUAUUGGACAAACUAUCAGAAAUGAAGUUGAAUUUACAAAUGAACAUGAAAGAACUAAAGAAGAGUGAGGAUAGAACAAAGAGAUUAAUUAUGCAUUCUGUUUCUCCAGUAGUUAAGAAGUUCAAGGACACAACUGUACCAGUAAAAUCUAGAAAAAGUUCAAGGGCACUUUUUAAGAUGCCAUCUCCAUCUCCAUCAAGAUGUAUUGAUUCAGUUAUUAGUCCAAAAUCAGGCAGCAUUGAUCAUUCAUACUCUGGUAUACCAAGCAAAACAAAAACACAAAGCCUUGACCAUUUGUAUUCAACAACCGUAAAUCAAAAUGUAGAUCUUAAUAAUCCAUACAGUUUUCAUAAGAAGAAAAUACUGAUGCCUCCUGAAAUUACUGUUAACGAAAAGAAAAGUGUCAUAACAAUAUUUGAACAAUCAUCAAAAGACACUGUAAGUGUUAAUACUGUUUUGGAAAAACUUCUUGAUCUCCCUUCUGUAAAUGAAAGACUAUAUCUAUGUUUAUUGCAACGACUAUCUGGAGAACUAAACAGGAUCUGUGGAACAAAAGACAAAAGUGUUUUAAGGACAAAGGUGUCAGAACUAGAACCUGAAACCUUUUUCAGUGACAUUGUAAAAGAAAUGCACUUGAAAUGUCCGAAGGUGUUGCAGUUUCUGAUAACCCUGUCUUGCCCAAUGGAUCUUGCAGUUCCAGAGAAAAAACAUGGUAUAGCAGCUAUGUAUGCACUUGGCAUGUACUUACGGAACAACCACAUGAUUGCCUUUCAAAAAGCUGUUGCUGCAUCAUGUAUAAGAUAUAAUGCAGGGAAUGGACUCAUGGAGUUUUUACACAACCUGGGAAUGUCAAUACCUACAAAAAGCAAGCUGCCAAUGUUGGAUGACCUUGGACAAAUAAAUGGUCGGGAUGUAGUUUCUGCUUUGGCUAUUGGGAAAACCAUCAAAAUCACAGUUGAUAACAUUGACGGGCACAUAAAAGCUUAUCAGGUCAGGCUUGGUAGUGGAAACAGAGAUUUUCACUACACUCAUUGGUCGAUCCUUAUCGACAGAUUUGACCCAAGAGAUCUUCAAGGACUGAGCACACAACCGAAACAGAUAACUGCCCAAGGACCUGACCCUACCAUCUUCUUUUUGUCUUCAAACGAACAUGAAGCAUUAAGGAAAAGAUGUACUCAGCUUGUCAUGCGGAUACUGGUAGAAGAAAUACAGCCAUUGUCCAUGUUUUCUACGGCAACACCUCGUCUUGUGGACCAUAAAUACAGACAAGUGGUUGAUAGACCAUCACAAGUUCAUCCAAUGUUUGUGAUCAUGAAAGACCCAAAGUCAUUACCUAAUUGUGUUCAGAUAAUGGACACUAUAUUAGGAACCAUAGAGUCAUUAUAUACAUCUGCUGGGAGAGGUGAUGAGUUUAACAACAUGGCCAGUAUUCCCCUGGGUGGUGAUCAGCUGACACGGGUAACAUUUGAUUCGGCACGCGUUCUGAGAUCUGGUACUCACAGUCGAACAGAGAGGUUUGACCAGUUGUCUCCAGUCAUCGAAGAACUAUUUCAUGUUCAGCAAGACUUGUUAGAGAAAAUCAUCAAAACCUUCUACAUACCAGAAACAGCUCGUGAAGAGGGAUCACUUGCCCAGUACAGAGCAAUUCUUCAUAGAACAAACGUUAAUGGUCAAGUUAAGGCUAAUGGAUAUGAAUCACACAAAGACUUCCUCAUUACUGUCACUAGAGCUCUUGUGAUAGAGUUAGCUUGUGAAAGAUGGGGGGCUGAUUGCAAGACAGACUUGGGGUCUCUGGUUCCGGAAGAAGUGAAGACUUCUAAUACCAAAGGGAAGAAGCAGUGGUUACAGGAGCAAGUGACCAAAGUGGUGGAUACACUGUUCUGCCCAUACUCUGCUCCAAAAGAUGCUAAAAUAUACCUUCGGCGCAGUGGCCAUUUGUACUGUGUUACGGUGCCUUCAAAAGAUGUCGGGAAAACCAUUGAUCUUAUAAUAAAUGGUGAAGCUGUCCGCAUAAGAGUGCCUGAAGAUUGUAAAACUGACGAAGCAGAAGAUGGUGUGUUUUCAUACAGCCUUGGGAUUGUCAGAGUUGCAAUGGAUUUUAUCAUGUUCAAUGAUGCAAUAAAAUCAGGUGAUAUAGACAUGAUUACAAUUCUUAUGAAACGAUUCAUUCCACUGUUUGUAGGAUUGUCAUCCUACAAAUCAAAGUAUGCUAUUGAGUGUGUCAACUUCCUUACUAAAACGGAAUGCCUGUUGUCAGACUUUGAAAGUGCUAGAGUGAAACUGGGAUUGUUGGUCAACAGAAAAGGCCGACCAGGAAAAAACAAACAAGCAGACAUGGAACAGGAGAAUAAUAUUCGUCUUGUCAAACACGUAAUUAGAGGACUUGGAGCCGGAAAAAGUGAUAAAGCUAUGCUAAGAAUAUCGAAGGCAGCACCUGUAAUCAGUGCAAUGGUAAAUGGACUAGAAGGAAGCAAGACACAUAAAGAUAGACACUCCAGAAAGUCAAUAUCAGAAGAUAUUUCAAGAUUAGGGGAUGCAAUUCGAAAAAUAAGGCCUUUCAACUAUCAGAAGGGUAGACAAAUGAAUCCUUUCAAGAAAAUUUCAUCAAAUGUGAUUGGUGCUGUGAACAAAGACAAAUUAAAGGACUUUAUAAUCAGGCACAGCUCCAGAGCAGUUAAUAAGCUUGCUUUUGAUGACAAUGAAGACUAA